AUGAAAUUUUUCAUUAUUGCAUUCUUAUCAGUAUUGGCCAUUGCAAAGGCUAAUGAAAUCUGUGCUGGUUGUGUAACAAAUUUGACCGACGACAAAGGUAUUGAAAGGGCCACAACUGCUCUUAAUAAUUCGUUGAAGAAAUUGGCUGCCGGUGAAGGACCAACAUAUAAACUUGUAAAAGUUAACAGUGCCUCAUCACAGGUCAUUCGCGGUCACCUAUUCCGUAUUAAUGCCGAUUUAAUUGAUGAAAAUAAUCAAACCAAAACUUGUGAUAUUCGAAUUAUUCAAUUCACCGAUGUAGAGAUUACCUUCAACUGUCCCCAGGAACAGGAAUUAUCUAGAAAGCAUAGUUAUUAG